AUGGAGAGUCUUCUCCAAGGCUGGAUUCAAGACCAGACUGAACAGCACUUGCCUCUGUCCACAGGGAUCAUCAUGGCCAAGGCCAGUAAUAUUUGGACAAAACUGAAGGCAGAAAGCAGUGGCAGUGAGAUCUCCUCCUCUUUCAAGGCAAGUCCUGGGUGGUUUCAGUGGUUCAAAAACUGCACCAAUCUGUACAACCUUCAUCUGACUGGUGAGGCAGCCAGUGCUGAUGUUGUGAGUGCGAACGCUUUCCCAGCACUUAUGAAGGCUAUGGUGGAGGAAGGAGGAUACAUCGCCAAGCAGAAGCCUCUAAAGCUCUUUAGGGGUUCAUUAUGGAGCACCUCCCAGUCAUCUGGUGCUCCAAGAAAAAGGCCUGGGUCACGACGGCGUUGUGCCAGUUAUGUGGUUGAUUACCACUCCAAGCACCUCAAGGAGGACACUGACGAGCAGAACAUCACCAACAAGUUUCUCCUGAUCCUCAACAAUGCGCCUUCACAUCAGCCUACCAUGGGUGAGUGGACAGACAACAUCACUGUCAUGUUACUGUCCCCUAACACCACCUCACUCAUCCAGCUGAUGGAUCAGGGCAUCAUUGCCACCUUCAAGGCUUACUACAGUACUUGA